AUGUAUCGGUCAAUGGUGGCGACCAUCAAAAAUUCCAGACAGUCGCCUAUUGAUAUUCAGACACGAGAUGCUAUUGUCGAUGUCAACAAGUGUAAACCAGAGGAAUUGGUGUUCGAGUAUGUUGAAGGCGGGUGCGACGUUCUCGAAGUCGGUGCCAGCACCUGUAAGAUUCACGCCAAAGAGGACGCCACGGCCUACCUCACUGCAAGUCAUCUUCCUGGAAAGUUCAAGCUUCUGCAGUUCCACUUUCACUGGGGCGAAGAUUCGAGUGUCGGCUCUGAGCACCUGAUUGACGGACAAGCAUAUUCCGGAGAGGUUCACUUCGUUUUUUGGAAUAUGAACUAUGAGAGUCCGGAUAAUGCAGUGAAUCACAAGGAUGGCUUGGCAGUGUUGGGAGUUUUUAUCAAAGAGGGAGAGUACAGUGAUGCAUAUUCGAAUAUCACCUCAUUGAUUCGCCGUUCAUUGGAGAGUGGAGGAAAAUCGCAAGUUUCUCCUUAUUUGGACUUGCGUCUUCUUAUUCCAAGAACAAAUUAUUACUACGCCUACGAUGGAUCGCUCACAACUCCUCCAUAUUCGGAAAACGUUUUGUGGACUGUGAUGAUGGAUCCGGUUCAGAUGUCGGCUAAGCAGCUCAACUGUUUCCGCUUAAUCUGUCCAGCAAACUAUCGCAAAUGUCAGUAUGUCGCUGGAAGAAAAAUUUGCUGCACCGCCAGAGCUCACUAA